UACUGGCUUCGUCCUUGAUCGCUUUACCUCCCCGCGAUUGCCGCCGCAGCCGCACGAGUCACCUCUCGCCUGCCUCCUCGCCGUUACCCCUGCGACCAUCUAUGGCCACUUUCACCGGAGCACCGCUCCCGCCAGCCGACCCCGGGGCGGAGAAGCCACUCGCCCGCUCCGCACCGGCGACUGCUCCUUCGGACCUCGCGAACCCAGGGAAGAAGAUACGCCGCCCGGUGCCGAUGACGGACGAGGAGCGGAACAAGAUCAAGGACCUGAAGGAGCAGCACCGGUCAGGGAUGGAGGGGUUACGAGAGUCUUUCCAGAUACACAAGGAGCUGCGGCACCACCACGACGAACUCCUCUUCCGGCGGAGGUGCCUGGCCGCACGUCUAGUCAGCCGAAUCGCCUUCCAGCGCCAUGAUGCUGCCUAUAUCAAGCAUCAGCGUGACCUUGGCUUGAAGCUGGGGGAUAAGUUGCCGGAGGAGCUCAAGAAGAUUGGGCCACCAAUGGGGGCGGCGCUCGUAAUGUGGGCUGAGAUGUGCAGGGCCCUGAACAUAGGCAUGGAUAGCUACAUUGCUGAGUGCGACAAUCCGGAGGCGUUCCGGGGGAGGAUGAGGUCGUUGGGGCUCAUUCGUGAUGAGAAGGCAGCUCCGCAUGAUUGUGUUGCCCCCCAAGAGUAGGGAUUAAUAAGUCUGUUUGCUUGGUGUGGAUUAGUGCUUGUUUAAUCCUGGGAACGAAAUGUGUUGGGGAUGGGUUCUUGUUUAAUCCUAUUGUGCUCAUGAUGAUUUCUUUGU